AAACGCCAGCAGAAGAUAUUCGCAAAUUUUGCCAAAUUAGGGUACCCGACUCCGGAUGGCAGUGGUUUGGUCCAAUGGCCACUGUAUACACUCGAAAAGGAGAGCUACCUAGAUAUGGACCAAGAACUAAGUGCCAAAGACAAAUUGCUAGGUAGAAGAAUCACGUUUUGGCGCAAUCUGGCCAAGAAGUAUAACCCCAGUGAAAUGCCUACUCCCAGCGCCAAAGGAAAGAAACUGAAUUAGUAGAGUAAUAAUUAUAGCAACUAAACAAACAAGAGUCGUACUUGUACAAUAUAGCGUGUACAAUGUUCAAAAUAAAGAGAAAUGUCCUAUAGUUUCUGAUGCUAUGAACCGGUCGAGAGGUGGAAAAACCAGUAGAGCAGGUGACAGGAAUCGAAUUCUAGCUUCCUCCAAUGAGAUCACGGUUUCUUCGCCAAGGGAACUACUCCGCUUAGGGGAUUCCCGGUGUGCUUUUCCAGGCACGCAUAAAAGGUGCGUCCGGACUAGAUUCACCUCAGUACAGUUUAACAAACCUAUUCUUAUACUACAGGCGAAGCAGUAUUCUUGUGAAAAUACCUGCGCUCAACCACCGUUGUCCUAUGCCGGAAUGUGCAGUCCGGCGUGCUAUGGCUGCUGCACUCUGCCUAUUGUCGCGCCCUCCGACCCAAGCAAAGUCCGGCGAGUGGGCUCGUGUCGCGGGCUGGCGCCAGGCCUGUUGCGGGCAAACCGAAGCACGGCCAUACGCGCCUUCGCCACCGUUACCCUUCGAGGCGCACCCGACUCCAGAUGGCAGUGGUUUGGUCGAGUGGCCACUGUAUCAAAAAAAAAAGACGAAGAAAAAAUAAAUAUGGGAGAUUUCCCUGCUCAAUUCGGCCGACUAAAAGAUAUUGUAAUCCAUCCACUACUGUACAUCUGUAUUUAUGCCUAG